UUCAAAAGUAAAAAAAAGUUGACAUUUUCAAAAAUGAUCCAAAAACGUUAGAUAAAAAUUGAUAAAAACCCAAAAAUUAUCAGUGUUACAAUGGACGAAGAUAGACAGAAAAAGCCUAGGACAAUUCAAAUGAAGUACCCAGCUCCGUACUCGCAAUCCUGGGCAGAGAAUCAAACCAAAGGCGUGAAGAAGAAGAAACCCAGAGUACAAAAUAUGACCCAAAUCGGCCACGCACCACCACAUUCCCACUCGUGGGCAAACGACCGAAAUGUGCCUAAGAGGGUGAAGAAGAAGACCCCAUCUCCCCGUGGUGCUGGCUUGAAGAAAAACUCAGACUUAUUCUCUGGGGGUCCCUGGCAGCCGGUGAAACAGAAAAUGAGCCGGGGGCCGGACCCCACGGCCCCCCAUCUGAAGUAUGGCCUAUUCCCGCCUCCGAGAAAGACUAACAAAAGUCAAAUGCAAGUGGUGAGCGGGGGCGUCGAACCCAAGUCCCGAACCUCCACUCCGGAACACUCCAGCAAGAAGGAUAAGAAGCUAAAGAAUAAAAAGGAGCCUACGCCAGACGCCGGGGCUCCAUUCUUCGUGUUCCGCGCACUAGAUCCACACCGCACGAGGCAGCUGUCGCUGUCGCCGCCCGCGCAUCUAGACAUCAGGCCGCGACCUCGCGCGUACCUCCCACCCCAGCCAUUGCAAAAUGAAGGUAAAGUGAUGUCCUCAGCGAAAACACCCUCACUCAGUCUCUCGCCUACAAAGAAAAGUUUCCAAGUACUCCCGAAAAAGAACAUCAACUAAAUUGAAUCUACCAUUUUUAUUCGUGCCACCGCUCUUUUGUAUUGAGUGACAGAGACAGAGUGCCAAAUAUAUUUUUGUGACCAGCA